UUAAUGUAACCAGUCACACAGUUCUGAUAAUUGCCAUCUCUCUCACGCUAAACAUGGAACUCUCCUCCAAACCAAAUCAGCAACAAUUGAAUUGAAUCCAAAUCCCAUCAUCCCUAUCACGAAACCUCCCCUCCCAAUUAAAAUCCUCAAAGUCUUGCCCUUUUCCGUUUCUGAGAUUAGAUCAUCUCCAAGCCAAGCCAAGCCAAGCACACACACACACACACAAAGGAGGAGGAUUUCUGAAAUAUUCUUUGCUUUUUGUCGUAAUUCUCUCAAUAAUAGCUGGCUGCUUGUCAAAUAGAUUCAAUCCCGGGAACGCCGUGUAAGAGUCGCCGGAGGCGUCGUAUGGCGUUAACGUGGGGAUCUGGUCUUCGGAUUUCGGUUCUCCUUAUCCUUAUAGCUGCAAUUGUCUUAGCUUGCUAUUUUCUCCCCGUUGAGAAGCUUUUGAAGGAUUUUUUGUUAUGGGUUGAACAAGAUCUAGGGCCUUGGGGACCUUUUGUCCUAGCUGUUGCAUACAUUCCUCUAACAGUUUUGGCUGUUCCUGCCUCGGUUCUCACGAUCGGUGGUGGCUACCUUUUUGGGCUGCCAAUUGGUUUUGUGGCAGAUUCAGUCGGUGCUACACUUGGCUCAGGAGCAGCAUUUCUUCUAGGCCGUACAAUUGGAAAACCUUUUGUAGUUGCAAAAUUGAAGGAUUAUCCUCAGUUUCAAUCAGUGGCGCUCGCGAUUCAGAAAUCUGGUUUCAAGAUAUGCUUGCUGCUCCGGCUUGCUCCGCUUCUCCCCUUCAGCAUGUUGAACUACCUCUUAUCUGUAACUCCAAUUCGGCUAGGUCCAUACUUGCUUUCUUCUUGGUUAGGGAUGAUGCCAAUAACGCUUGCCCUAGUGUAUGUUGGAACAACUCUAAAAGACCUUUCUGAUGUGACUCACAAGUGGAGGGAGUUCUCGCUAAGUCGCUGGGCGAUCUUGAUUUCAAGCCUUGUAAUAUCCGUGAUAUUAAUGGUCUGUGUUACAAAAGUGGCUAAGUACGCUUUAAGAAAAGCUUUAGCAGAGCACGGAGGAGACAUGAACGGAGCGGUUGCAGCCUCACCGGAGCUGGCCGUUACUGACGAUGCUCCUACGGAUCUAAACGAGCCUCUCUUAAUAAAGAUAGAUGCUCAACAACCUCAGGAACAAGAGACAACCAUAGUCCUUAAAUAAAAACGCUACUGAAUACUUUGUAUAAUAAUCUUUUUUAUCUUCAACUUACAAAGCAUAGUUUUUCUUGGUUUGUAAAAUAACAUAGAUUAAAAAUUAUUUUCAAAAAGUUUUUUUUUUCUUCUUCUGAGAUGUAAUUAUUUAGUUCACAGGGUGUUUAAGUAUUAAAUGAAUAAAAAAUAAAUUAAACGGGUUUCGCGA